AUGCUUCAAGGCUGCAACACGGCCCAUCAAUACACCAAAAAGGGAGCGGGGAAACACAAGCUCAGAAACACAAGCUCAGAAACACAAGCUCAGAAACACAAGCUCAGAAAACACAAGCUCAGAAACACAAGCUCAGAAACACAAGCAGAAACACAAGCUCAGAAAACACAAGCUCAGAAACACAAGCUCAGAAACACAAGAAACACAAGCUCAGAAACACAAGCUCAGAAACACAAGCUCAGAAACACAAGCUCAGAAACACAAGCUCAGAAACACAAGCUCAGAAACACAAGCUCAGAAACACAAGCUCAGAAACACAAGCUCAGAAACACAAGCUCAGAAACACAAGCUCAGAAACACAAGCUCAGAAACACAAAGAAACACAAGCUCAGAAACACAAGCUCAGAAACACAAGCUCAGAAAAACAAGCUCAGAAACACAAGCUCAGAAACACAAGCUCAGAAAAACAAGCUCAGAAACACCAGAAACACAAGCUCAGAAACACAAGCUCAGAAACACAAGCUCAGAAACACAAGCUCAGAAACACAAGCUCAGAAACACAAGCUCAGAAACACAAGCUCAGAAACACAAGCUCAGAAACACAAGCUCAGAAACACAAGCUCAGAAACACAAGCUCAGAAACACAAGCUCAGAAACACAAGCUCAGAAACACAAGCUCAGAAACACAAGCUCAGAAACACAAGCUCAGAAACACAAGCUCAGAAACACAAGCUCAGAAACACAAGCUCAGAAACACAAGCUCAGAAACACAAGCUCAGAAACACAAGCUCAGAAACACAAGCUCAGAAACACAAGCUCAGAAACACAAGCUCAGAAACACAAGCUCAGAAACACAAGCUCAGAAACACAAGCUCAGAAACACAAGCUCAGAAACACAAGCUCAGAAACACAAGCUCAGAAACACAAGCUCAGAAACACAAGCUCAGAAACACAAGCUCAGAAACACAAGCUCAGAAACACAAGCUCAGAAACACAAGCUCAGAAACACAAGCUCAGAAACACAAGCUCAGAAAACUGAAGAAACACAAGCUCAGAAACACAAGAAACACAAGAAGAAACACAAGCUCAGAAACACUGAAGAAACACAAGCCCAGAAACACUGAAGAAACACAAGCUCAGAAACACAAGCUCAGAAACACAAGCUCAGAAACACAAGCUCAGAAACACAAGCUCAGAAACACAAGCACAGAAACACAAGCUCAGAAACACAAGCUCAGAAACACAAGCUCAGAAACACAAGCUCAGAAACACAAGCUCAGAAACACAAGCUCAGAAACACUGAAGAAACACAAGCUCAGAAACACUGAAGAAACACAAGCUCAGAAACACUGA